AAUAAGUGGUGGUCUUUUAAACAAGGUGAUUUGUUAAAGCUAAACAUUAUUUUACUGUGUGCAGACUUAAACGCUGCAUUCAUGUUAGUUUACAAUGUUGGUCAAAGCAACUAAUCGGUAGUCAUUUUUGAACAAUACUGUGUAAUGUAAUUUUAUAUCAGAAAAGCAAAAUGAUGUCAUUAAUAACUGAGUGAAGAAACAAGCAGAAGAAUUUCACUUUUAUUCAUUGGAUAACUACAUGCAUAUACAGGCAUAAAGAAUAUAUUUAAGGGUUGAUUACAUCUAUUUUGUGAUAUUUUUUUUACUGAAAAAUUGAUUUAACAACUUGUAUACACAUACGUCUACCUACGUGCGUUUUGCAUAUACAUUGAAAGAUGGAAGUUUGUAAAAGUGAAACAGCCUUUUCAAUACCCAGCCUCACAGCUAAUACUUCGUCCGCUUCGACUGCUGGAGAUAAUGCAGGAGCUAGUAGUGAUGGUGAUUCGAUUCCGAUUAACAUAUCUGGUAACAAUCAUAAUGACAAUAGUGUUAAUCAUUCGAAUGGGGGAAACACUUUACUGAAUUUAAGUAAAACCAUUUCCAAGCAUGACAGUGAUUCAGAUUUAAGAUCAGUUAAAAUGUAUAUGAAUAAAUCUUCAGAUAGUCUGUCUAACCAAUCACCAAUAUCGUUACACUUGCAAAGCUCAGGUUUAACACGUGAUCAUUUAGUGAGCUCAUCAAAUCAUGUUCUACAGCAGCCACAGCAUCACCAUCAUCAUCAUCAUCUUAACACACAACUUCAAAGAAGUCCUCCACCAAUGAAUGUCACUGGUCUUCCUCUUUCCUCUGUUGCUACCGCAGUUCCCAACGGAUCAUUUUACUGUAACUCAAUGAAUACAAAUACUAAUCACCAAAUAAGAUCAGGUAAACGACCGGCACCUACAACACCCAAACGACUAUCAACGAAUUCUACGGAUUUCCACUUUGAUGAUGAUUGUGGUAGUAAUUCCGGUUCAGAUAUGGACGCUCAAGAGAACUCAAGCUCAACAGAUGUUGAAGGUGUGUGGUCAAUGGAUAUAGAACAGUGUUUCCAAGAAGCUUUAGCAAUAUACCCACCAUGUGGACGUAGGAAAAUUAUUCUAUCAGAAGAAGGAAAGAUGUAUGGACGAAAUGAAUUAAUAGCCCGUUACAUUUAUCAACAUACUGGGAAAAUCAGAAGUCGAAAACAAGUUUCAAGCCAUAUUCAAGUCUUAGCUCGUCGGAAAUCUAAGGAACUGCAGGCUCAGAUUAAAGAUCCUGAUACAAAACAACGAGCUAUUAUGCAUCUGUCUAUGCUUAGUUCUGCACAGAUUGUCUCCGCUGGUGUACUUGGUUCUAAAAGUUUAUCAUCCGUGUCAUCAGCUAGCGGUUUGCCAACAAUAGCAGCUACAAUUCAUUCUGCAAAUGAAGACAACAGUAUCGAUAAUAAACACUCUGGAAACAUGACAAAUGGGCGAAAUGACAUGAUCAGUCUACCUGCUGAAGCUGCUGCAUCUGAAAGGACUCUUCAUGUUAAUAACCUGAUACAUCCCAGCAACAGGGAGUCACAAAAUAAAACAAAUGGUUUACAUUCUGAAAAUAUACAUAAAUAUUCCUCUCCGACAGAUACUAAUAAUCACAACAUUAGCAGCGGUGUUAAUAGUGUUAAUGCUAAUUCAGCUAAGGGAAAAGACCAAGAAAACUCUUCAUAUUCCACAUCUGUACACGAUGAGAAAACAACCCAUUAUAAUCAUAUCAACCUAAAUCCUACAAGUCAGUCUGCAUUGGCUCAUCUUCUACCAAUAAGCUCAUCUUUUUCACCAUAUUCAUUUGAUGUUAGACAACAAGCAGCCAUGAUGAAUAAUAAUGGUUCAUCCUUAUCUUACCCAUAUGAAGCUAUUCUAGCUUUUAGAUCCCAGCAAAAACAGCCAGCCUUAUCUAACAGAAACGUGGAAACAUUACAAUUACACGACAAACUACUUGGGACAGCUGUUAGUAAACAACAGCAAAAGCAGCAAGUUCAGCCACAACAGUUGAACUUCCCAUUAGUAUUAGAUAAUCUCAUGACGGUUGCGUCAAAUGAUCAUCAAAACCAAUCACCUUCACCAUCAACUUCAUCUGCUGUUAAUGAUAAUUACUCCUAUUCCACAUCAAUAGCGGCAAACCCAUCUGUCUUAUUAUCGAAUUUGCAAUCUGAUGGACUAGUACUGGUAAGAACAUCAAUUGGCCAGUUGAUGUACUGUCCAUCUAGCUAUUAUAACAGCCAUAAUCAUUCUAAUCAAAUGAACGGCACCACUAAUAAUAUUGAUUCAUCGAUAACUUCUUCAAACUGUUCAUCAAUAUCUUCUUUAUCCUCAGCGCCAAGUUUUUCGUCAACUCUUUCAAUGCCAAAUCCACUAUGUUCUUCAUUAACAGCUGCAACACCAGCAUCAGCAGCUGUUGCAAUGGCAGCUGCACAUGUUGCUGCAGUUGCCGCUUAUGGGCAACAGUGUUCAUCAGCAUCAUCUGCUUCAUGGCCGAAAAACUCUAUGCUAUCACCAAAACAUCCGGCGGGUUUAUCAGUUACAUCAAAUACAGAUUUAUUAUCUUCAGCAGUUGCCUGUAAACAAACUUCAACUUUGUCUGAACAUUCGAAUUCCAGUCACCCCUUACACAACCACCAUAACGGUGGUUUAAUUGCACACUCCGUCAUUGAUAUGAAUAAUCAGACAAGUGAAGGAGCUAUGAAUUUACUACGGGAAAUUUCCUAUUCAUCAUUAAAUUUUUUAUCGAAUCCUUCAAAGCAUAGAAAUGAUUCCGUUUCAGACUCACCGAAAUAUCCCAGGAAAAUGAUGAUAGAGAAUAUAGGAAAAGAUUUAUCAGUAACGGGUACAGAUGCUUCCAGUACUGUUAUGUUUAACGAAGCAGCAUCAGAAGAUUUAAGAGAUAUCAAUAUGCCAGCAUGGAUGGGGAGAUCGAUUACAGCGCCGAAGAUGAGAUUAAUCGAAUUAAAUGCCUUUAUGAUAAGUUCAAGCUAUAAAUCUCAAAUGAAUUUAACUCCUACGCAUGAAUUCCAUCUAAAUAAUAAUUCCACUACAAUGACAAAUCAGCACAAUUUUGUACAUAUUGGGCCUAUUUUAAAUGAUCACCUGUAUUCCGAUUCAAAUUUGGAACAAGUGGAUGCAAGUCAAAUAUGGGAUAAAUUUCCUGAGGACAGCUUAAAGGAACUAAUGGAACAUGGCCCUACGAACGCCUUCUUCCUAGUUAAAUUCUGGGCUGAUGUGAACGUUGUGGUUGAACCAGACGCUACAUUUGCUGUCUCUGCCAUUUUCGAGGGCACAGAAGAUGUUCCAAUCAAUUUAUCUACAAAAGUCUGCUCAUUUGGUAAAGAAGUACUGGAAAAAAUCGAGGAUGAACAACCAAGAGCUGAAAAUGGACGCUUUGUAUACCGGUUUUUGCGCAGUCCAAUGUGCGACUAUAUGAAGAAAUUUAUAGGCAAACUUCUUCAGUUACCUCAACGUGAAUUAAUGAAUUCUGUCCUCGAGAACUUUACAAUCCUUCAUGUUCUUACAAACAAGUUGACUGAUGAAGUUUUAUUGUGCAUCGCAUAUGUUUUGGAAGUUGCUCAAGAAGGAUGCAGAGCACAGCAUCACAUCUAUCGGCUGACAAGAUAUGGAUGAUGACUUCAAAAUGCUAAGAAACAAGUCAAAGUAAUAAAUGGACUUUCAAACUAUAUUAUUUAUUCUCACAAUUUAACAAAUUACAACUUGUAGCAGGGAAGUGAUAGAUUUAGACCGGUUCACCUGAGUCACGUGCUGGAACAAAGAUUAUUUCAUUUGCUUGCUCGUUUUUACACUACCUAAAGAUACAUUUUAUUUGUUUCUCUCUACUUUUGUGUGUACACAUUUUUCUUUCUUAAGAUUUUGGUUGUAUAACUCAGCUGCUUUCUCUGACUACCCAUCUCUCUCGAUUCACUUAUAUGUAUAUAAUAUUAUAUAUAUAUAUAUAUAAACGCAUAAAAGCCUUUAUGGUUCUUUGUUAUAGACAAGAAGUUAUAUUACUUCUCGUAAAAUACUUUUUCGACUAAAAUCUACCUUUUAUUGCAUGAUAACUAUUUUCCAUCUUAUCACCAGUAGGUGAAUCUUACUUUAUUUAUGACCACUAUUCUUGAUAUGUGACAAAAUCCAAUUUCUGACAUUCUGCACAAAAAUUAUUCUGUCGUUUCCUGUUUUCUCUAUUCAUCCGGUGAUGUUGGUUAGAGUUUUGAUUUACCUGUACAUGCCAUAGUCUUUUGAGGAAAGUGCACAUGCGUGCUUACGUAGAUUUAUGAGUGUAAAUGUGUGUAUGCUUGUUAAGGCUUGUAAGGCAUUAUGUCCAAGUUAUUUUUCACCUAUUGAUGCUUUCACUCCUUUUUAAACAGACAUUAGCACUUUUUUAAAAUUUAUUUGUAUUACAGAUCAGUGAUUAUUUAACAUGGGUGACAAAAAUAAAGUAAUAGCAAUGAUCACUUGCUAACUUAAUAUGUAACACGAAGAUAAACUUGUAAUUUUGUUAAAUCUUAGCUAUUCUUCCCGUUUUUCCUUCCUACAAUAACUUAACACAUCGAAACUUGGAGUAUCUACACCUGUUUGCAAGACUAUAGAAAAAUUUGAUUCUAAGAUUCUAUUUCUAUUAAUCUGUCUCUAUUUACAGUUUUCUCUUUUAAGUAUUGUAUUUCAACAAUAGAAAUCUACCCGUUGUGUUGCCUUACCUUACCUUCUGUUUGUGUUUAUGCAAGUGUAGUAUACCUGUGAAAAUAUUCUCUAACAAUGAAAUAAUAAGUGUAACAGUUUCACGAUAGAAUUCUCAUCCUCACGACUACUAUUAUUAAAUUUUGUCCCGACAAGAAUUACCCAGUUUCUCAGAAGAUAUGUUUCUCCAACUGAUUCCUGUCUGUGUCUAUGAAUUUUGCAUAUUUCCAAGACAUUAAUGUUACGCCUACUGAUCGCACUGAUUAUUAUCAUGCUACUUCUUUUUUCAAACACUUUUGAACAGAAUUGUUAAAGUUUUGUUUAUUUCCUAGACCAAAAGUUCUUUAUAAAGGUUGAUUGGCUGCUUACGUAGUAUGUAUUAGUAUAUUUUUUCAAGAAGAAAUUUGACAUUUUUCACAGUCUUUCCGUCGAGUUCUACUUCAUUGUUCUUUCUACUUCAUCUACUCCAAGCGUCUGUGAAGUGCACAUAUUCUUCAGUCUUAAUUAAUUUUUACACCAUGACACAAACUAUGAAACUAGCAUAUCAAAAUGUUAUAUUUUUCCUCUCGUCCACCUUUCUGCUUAUACCUUAGGAGACUAGAAUGAAAUAAUUAGCAGACAGUCAUCCGUAUGAAUUCGAACAGCAGCAAGAAGCCUUUGAAAACAGUUUGCUUGUCUACACUAUUAUUAUUACCAUCAGCUUGCAUUAGUUCUUCAAUUCUUUUAAAUUUUUCUUUUUAUAUUUCCUAAAUAACGUAACAAUUACUAAAAAGCUUAUGUAUAUCUAUAUGUGUAUAAAAGAGCUUUGUAAUUGUUUACAGAAUUCCAUUCUGUAAAUUCCAUUCUUAUUAUCGAAAAUACUAUAUUUCUUUGUUUUUAUUAAUAUCUAGUAUUCACACACUGCAAAAUCUAAUCUAAUUAACUCUUACACUAGUGGUCAUUUUAUUGUUUACACGGGUGAAUAUAUAUAUAUAUAUACUGCUUAAUGUACAUAACUUUUAUCUUCAUUUUAAGAAAUAAUUAACAGAAAAGGGCUUCUUUCUUUGAAUGUCCCUUUUUAUUUUUUCUUCUGUCAAACUCAAGAUGAAUUUUAACUGAGAUCACUGUAAGAAUGCAAUACAACAACAGCAGUAACAAUAACAAGAACAUAAGUAUGGGAAAUGCAUUGUUGCAAAGAAAACUAAAAUGAAUGAGAUUUUGACUCUAAAUAUAUAUAUAUGUCAAGUAUGUUUUUAUGAAGUCUUGAAAUUAAAAUAUAACUUUUGUGUUAAA